UCUGAGGCUUGAGCGCCCCGCUUUUUGGGACGUGGAUAUUGGGGCGUGGAGGACCGGAGGCUGAUGCAUGAGGGGCCCACGGAGGCGCGGGAGCGGUGGUGAUGGUUUGGGAAGCAGAGCUGAAGUGCGCUGGGCUUUGGUGAGACUUGACAGAUUAUCAUGACCGUGUUCAGGCAGGAGAACUUGGAUGAUUACUACGACACCGGCGAGGAACUUGGCAGUGGGCAGUUUGCAGUGGUGAAGAAAUGCCGUGAGAAAAGUACCGGUCUACAGUAUGCUGCCAAAUUUAUCAAAAAAAGGAGGACGAAAUCCAGCCGGCGGGGUGUGAGCCGAGAGGAUAUUGAGCGGGAGGUCAGCAUCCUGAAGGAGAUCCAGCACCCCAAUGUCAUCACCCUGCACGAGGUUUACGAGAGCAAGACUGACGUCAUUCUGAUUCUGGAACUUGUUGCAGGAGGCGAGCUGUUUGACUUCUUAGCUGAAAAGGAAUCUUUGACUGAAGAAGAAGCAACAGAAUUUCUCAAACAGAUUCUGAAUGGUGUUUACUACCUGCACUCCCUUCAGAUUGCCCACUUUGAUCUUAAGCCUGAAAACAUCAUGCUUUUGGAUAGAAAUGUCCCCAAACCUCGGAUCAAAAUCAUUGACUUUGGUUUGGCCCAUAAAAUUGACUUUGGAAAUGAGUUCAAAAACAUAUUUGGGACACCAGAGUUUGUUGCUCCUGAGAUAGUCAACUAUGAACCUCUUGGUCUUGAGGCAGAUAUGUGGAGUAUUGGGGUAAUAACCUACAUUCUUCUAAGCGGGGCCUCCCCAUUUCUUGGAGACAAUAAACAAGAAACAUUAGCAAAUGUAUCUGCUGUCAACUAUGAAUUUGAGGAAGAAUACUUCAGUAAUACCAGUGCCCUAGCCAAAGAUUUCAUAAGAAGACUCCUCGUCAAGGAUCCAAAGAAGAGAAUGACCAUUCAAGAUAGUUUGCAGCAUCCUUGGAUCAAGCCUAAAGAUACCCAGCAAGCACUUAGUAGAAAAGCAUCAGCAGUAAACAUGGAGAAAUUCAAGAAGUUUGCAGCCCGGAAAAAGUGGAAACAAUCCGUUCGCUUGAUAUCACUGUGCCAAAGAUUAUCCAGGUCAUUCUUGUCCAGAAGUAACAUGAGUGUUGCCAGGAGCGAUGAUACUCUGGAUGAGGAAGACUCCUUUGUGAUGAAAGCCAUCAUCCAUGCCAUCAAUGAUGACAAUGUCCCAGGCCUGCAGCACCUCCUGGGUUCAUUGUCCAGCUAUGAUGUUAACCAACCCAACAAGCAUGGGACACCUCCGUUGCUUAUUGCUGCUGGCUGUGGGAAUAUUCAAAUACUACAGUUGCUCAUUAAGAGAGGCUCAAGAAUCGAUGUCCAGGAUAAGGGUGGAUCCAAUGCCAUCUACUGGGCCUCUCGGCAUGGCCACGUAGAUACCUUGAAAUUUCUCAGUGAGAACAAAUGCCCCCUGAAUGUUAAAGACAAGUCUGGAGAGACAGCUCUUCAUGUGGCAGCUCGUUAUGGCCAUUCUGACGUGGUUCAGUUACUGUGCAACUUUGGCUCUAAUCCCAAUUUCCAGGACAAGGAGGAAGAAACUCCCCUGCACUGUGCUGCCUGGCAUGGCUACUAUGCUGUGGCCAAAACGCUUUGUGAAGCCGGCUGCAAUGUGAACAUUAAGAACCGGGAAGGAGAGACACCCCUGCUGACCGCCUCUGCCAGGGGCUACCAUGACAUCGUGGAGUGUUUGGCUGAGCACGGGGCUGACCUUAAUGCUUCUGACAAGGAUGGACACAUUGCUCUUCAUCUUGCUGUAAGACGAUGUCAGAUGGAGGUCAUCCAAAUUCUCAUCAGCCAGGGAUGUUUCAUUGAUUUCCAAGACAGGCAUGGCAACACCCCACUCCAUGUGGCCUGCAAAGAUGGAAACAUGCCAAUUGUGGUGGCCCUCUGUGAAGCAAACUGCAAUUUGGAUAUCUCUAACAAGUAUGGACGAACGCCCCUACACCUUGCAGCCAACAACGGAAUCCUGGAUGUGGUCCGCUACCUCUGUCUGACAGGAGCCAAUGUGGAGGCACUGACCUCGGAUGGAAAGACAGCAGAAGAUCUUGCUAAAUCAGAACAGCAUGAACAUGUAGCAGCUCUCCUUGCAAAACUCCGAAAGGAUACACACCGAGGUCUCUUUAUCCAGCAACUGCGACCCACGCAGAACCUCCAGCCGAGAAUCAAACUAAAGCUGUUUGGCCACUCAGGGUCUGGGAAGACCACACUGGUAGAGUCUCUGAAGUGUGGGCUGCUAAGGAGCUUCUUCAGAAGACGCCGGCCCAGACUCUCUUCCACCAACUCCACCAGAUUCCCACCUUCACCCCUGGUUUCCAAGCCAGCAGUCUCUGUGAGCAUCAACAACCUGUAUCCCGGCUGCGAGAACGUGAGUGUGAGGAGCCGCAGCAUGAUGUUCGAGCCUGGCCUCACCAAAGGGAUGCUGGAGGUGUUCGUGGCCCCACCCCACCACCAACACUGCACCGCUGAUGACCAGUCCACUAAGGCCAUUGACAUCCAGAACGCCUAUUUGAAUGGAAUUGGUGAUUUCAGUGUGUGGGAGUUCUCUGGAAAUCCUGUUUACUUCUGCUGUUAUGAUUAUUUUGCUGCAAAUGAUCCCACAUCGAUCCAUGUUAUUGUCUUUAGUCUUGAGGAGCCCUAUGAGAUUCAGCUGAAUCAAGUAAUUUUCUGGCUCAGUUUCCUGAAGUCACUUGUGCCCAUAGAAGAGCCGAUAGCCUUUGGCGGCAAGCUGAAGAACCCACUCCGAGUUGUCCUCGUGGCUACCCACGCUGACAUCAUGAAUGUCCCUCGUCCAGCUGGAGGCGAGUUUGGAUAUGACAAAGACACGUCCUUGUUGAAGGAAAUCAGAAACAGGUUUGGGAAUGAUCUUCACAUCUCAGAUAAGCUGUUUGUUCUGGAUGCUGGGGCUUCUGGGUCUAAGGACAUGAAGGUACUUCGAAAUCACCUGCAAGAAAUACGGAGCCAGAUUGUUUCAGUCUGUCCUCUUAUGACUCACCUGUGCGAGAAAAUCAUCUCCACUCUGCCUUCCUGGAGGAAGCUCAAUGGGCCCAACCAGCUGAUGUCAUUGCAGCAGUUCAUGUAUGACGUGCAGGACCAGCUGAACCCCCUGGCCAGCGAGGAGGACCUCAGGCGCAUAGCCCAUCAGCUGCACAGUGCAGGCGAGAUCAACAUCAUGCAGAGCGAAACAGUUCAGGAUGUGCUACUCCUGGACCCCCGCUGGCUCUGUACCAAUGUCCUGGGGAGGUUGCUGUCUGUGGAGACCCCACGGGCCCUCCACCAUUAUCGCGGCCGCUAUACCAUGGAGGACAUACAGCGCCUGGUGCCUGACAGUGACGUGGAGGAGCUGCUGCAGAUCUUAGAUGCCAUGGACAUCUGUGCCCGGGACCUGAGCAGUGGGACCAUGGUGGAUAUCCCUGCCCUGAUUAAGACAGACAACCUGCACCGUUCUUGGACGGAUGAGGAAGAUGAGGUGAUGGUCUAUGGUGGCGUGCGCAUCGUCCCCGUGGAGCACCUCACCCCCUUCCCAUGUGGCAUCUUCCACAAGGUCCAGGUGAACCUGUGCCGCUGGAUCCACCAACAGAAUGCCGAGGGGGACGCGGACAUCCGCCUGUGGGUGAAUGGCUGCAAGAUCACCAACCGUGGGGCUGAGCUGUUGGUGCUUCUGGUCAACCAUGGCCAGGGCAUCGAGGUCCAGGUGCGUGGUCUGGAGAUGGACAAGAUCAAGUGCUGCUUGCUGCUGGACUCCGUGUGCAGCACCAUCGAGAAUGUUGUGACCACCACACUGCCUGGGCUGUUGACAGUGAAGCAUUACUUGAGCCCCCAGCAGCUGAGGGAACAUCAUGAACCUGUCAUGAUCUACCAGCCCCGGGACUUCUUCCGGGCACAGACCCUGAAGGAGACCUCACUGACUAACACCAUGGGUGGGUACAAGGAAAGCUUCAGCAGCAUCAUGUGCUUCGGCUGUCAUGAUGUAUACUCACAGGCCAGCCUGGGGAUGGACAUCCACGCUUCAGAUCUGAACCUCCUAACCCGGAGGAAACUGAGUCGCUUGCUGGACCCACCCGAUCCCAUGGGGAAAGACUGGUGCCUCCUAGCCAUGAACUUGGGCCUUCCUGACCUUGUGGCAAAGUACAAUACCAGUAACGGGGCUCCCAAGGAUUUCUUCCCAAGCCCAGUCCAUGCCCUGCUCCAGGAAUGGACCUCCUACCCUGAUAGCACGAUUGGUAUCCUCAUAUCCAAACUUCGGGAAUUGGGGCGCCGGGAUGCAGCGGACUUUCUAUUGAAGGCAUCCUCUGUGUUCAAGAUCAACCUGGAUGGUAAUGGCCAGGAGGCCUACGCCUCAAGCUGCAACAGUGGCACAUCUUAUAAUUCCAUUAGCUCGGUCGUGUCCCGGUGAGAGGACAGCCUUUGGCUUGGGCAGGGUCACCUCAGACUGCAGAAGCAAGAGGGCUACAGCCCAUCUUUCCAUCAGAGAAAGAUUCCAGGUCAUCCUCUGUACGCCACAAACUGAAGGACCCCAUCCUCCCUCCAAAGUCACCUGUGUCUCUGCCACUACCUCCCUCCCUCUUACACAUACCUGUGUGUGAAGGGUCCUUGGGCCAUUUGAAAAGUUAGCACCCUCCUCUCCACGUCCUGGACUCAUCCUCCAGUACCUCGCUUCUUUCUGAUAAUUUUACUGGAAUUCCUAACUUUUAAUGAAAUUUUUAAAACUUCUAUAUUGACUGUCCUUUUAAACAAGUGCACAUCAUUUAUCCCAAAUGUGUAUUUCUUAUACUCUCCUCUUUGUUAUACUCUGUCCACAGCUUCUUUCUUUUCUCUUUGUAGGAAAAUUCCCACUGUGUGAUUCAUUAGCAGACAAUAUGUGAGUGCCUUUUGCAGAAGAGAGUGUAUUUGAAAUCGUCCAAGUCAGCCAGGAGCGGCUGUGAAGGAAACAGUCCCUCUCUCUGUUCCUUGCUGUAUGCUAGUCAUAGCCAGAGGUGUUUCACUCUGAGGGUUUUUUCCCAACAAAUUUUUGUGUUACCUUUGGCAAAGGAACAGGAAAGAGGAAUCCCCCUCUAAAUUGAUUUCAUGGCCAGUGUUGUUGCUAUAAUAAAUCAUGUUUUUGGUUGUCUUUGUUUAAAUGUCAACGUGACUGUCUAGAUGGAACCUAUAAACUGUCACAAUUCAUCCCCUCUCAUCUCAGGUAGAAGAUUGACACAGGUGUAGAGUGACGAAGAUCUAUGUGAGAAUUCAGAUGACCCCUGAUCAUUAUUUGUGGCAGUUCAUUGUCAUUUGUGUGUAGCAGAUGGUUUUCCACAUUUAGAUCCUGGUUUCAUUACUUCUAAUGUUACGUCUAAAAAAGAAAAUUAAGAAGUUUUGUUGCCGUGAUUUUAAAUUGUGAUAGAGUUUUAAAUUGAUAUGAGGGAAUAUGUCCUAUUUCUGUCCUGAGAAGCAUGUAUAUCAUAUGUAUAUAUGCAGUAUGUAUAUACAUAUAUAUUGUUACAGGUAUUUUUACUUAAUCUACAUAAUAUAGUAAACAUUUGUUUUUGUUUUCUUAUUUUGAUCUUUUUUCUUUUUUAAAAAUAAACUGUUGCGUGUUUCAUUAGUU